AUGUGCUGGCUACUACUACCUACCAAUGAUACGAUGAUAAUGUGUAUUGCAACGUGCAGUGCACUACCUGAGCAAAAGGAGUAUGGGAAGCAACGGGAGAAGGUUGGGCCAGGGCCCUUCCAGGAUCGCCUCUACUUGUACUUCGCGCUCACUUCUCCCCCUCCUCCCACACCCACCCCUCCCCGCAGCAUGCUGGCCACAGAGGAGUACGAGAAGGCACGCGAGAAAGUAGCGCGGUUCAUCAACACAGCGCAGGGCCCGUCGGAGAUCGUGUUCACGCGCAACGCCAGCGAGGCAAUCAACCUCGUGGCGUACUCGUGGGGGCUCUCCAACCUCUCCCCGGGCGACGAAGUGCUCCUCACAGUCGCGGAGCACCACAGCAACAUCGUCCCCUGGCAGAUUGUAGCCCAGAAAACCGGGGCGGUUUUGAAGUUUGCGCCCCUGAAAGUGCCGGAGGAGGCGGAGAGGGAGGGGCAUGCGGCGGGCGCGGAGGUGGACUAUGAGCGGCUGCUGGAGAUGAUUGGCGCGCGCACCAAGCUCGUGGCCGUGCACCAUGUUUCCAACGUGCUGGGCUCGGAGUCCCCAGUGGAGCAGAUCAGAGAAAGGGCGCAUGCAGUGGGCGCCAAGGUGCUUCUAGACGCGUGCCAGUCGGUGCCGCACAUGCCCGUGGACGUGCAGCAGCUGGGGGUGGACUUCGCAGCGCGCGUGCAGCAGCUGGGGGUGGACUUCGCAGCGGUCUCCUCGCACAAGAUGGCUGGGCCCACGGGCAUUGGCUUUCUCUACAGCCGCGCCGACGUGCUCGCCUCCAUGCCUCCCUUCAUGGCGGUCUCCUCGCACAAGAUGGCUGGGCCCACGGGCAUUGGCUUCCUUUACGGUCGAUCCGAAGUGCUCGCCUCCAUGCCGCCCUUUAUGGGAGGAGGCGAGAUGAUUCAGGACGUCUUUUUGGACCAUUCCACCUACUCCGAUCCCCCUGCAAGGUUCGAAGCUGGCACGCCAGCCAUUGCGGAGGCCAUAGGGUUGGGAGCAGCAGUGGACUAUCUGACAGCUAAGGGCAUGGAUAACGUGCAUGCAUAUGAGAUGCAUCUAUCAGAGUACCUCUACAAGCAGCUCUCAGCCGUUGAUCGAGUGCGCAUCUACGGCCCUCCUCCACCGUCUCUGCUCCCGGGAGGUCCGACUGCCAUCCAAAGGGGGCGGGUGGCGGCGUUGUGCACAUUCAGCGUGGAUGGCAUGCAUGCCACCGAUGUCUCCUCCUUCCUCGAUCAACAGCACGGAGUGGGCAUCCGCAGCGGGCACCACUGCGCACAGCCCAUUCACCAGCAGCUGGGCAUCAAUGCGAGUGCGAGGGCGAGCGCGUAUGUGUACAACACAAAGGAGGAGAUUGAUGCGUUCAUUGUCGGCCUCAAGGACACUAUUGACUUCUUUGUCAACUUCUCCUGA